UGGAAGAGUGAGGGUUGCUGUUAGGCUUCGACCGAGAAAUCUCGAGGACCGCAGUUCGGAUUCUGAUUACGCAGACAGUGUUGAGUUGCAGCCAGAGCUGAAGCGGCUAAAGUUGAGAAAGAACAAUUGGAGUUCUGAGUCUUAUAGAUUUGAUGAAGUUUUUACUGAAACAGCCUCCCAAAAUCGUGUUUAUCAAGUAGUGGCAAAACCUGUAGUUGAGAGUGUAUUGAAUGGAUAUAAUGGGACAGUUAUGGCCUAUGGCCAAACCGGUACCGGGAAAACUUACACAGUUGGCAGUCUGGGUAAAGAUGACCCAUCUGAGCGUGGUAUUAUGGUUAGAGCUUUGGAGGACAUAAUUUCGAAUACAGCUCCAGCUAAUGAUAUCGUGGAAGUUUCCUACUUGCAGUUGUACAUGGAAUCUAUUCAAGAUUUGCUUGCACCAGAAAAGACUAAUAUUCCUAUUAGUGAGGAUCCCAAGACCGGUGAAGUGUCACUUCCUGGUGCUUCAGUUGUAAGAGUUAAAGAUCUUGAUCACUUUUUACAACUUCUGCAAAUUGGGGAGGCAAACCGUCAUGCAGCUAACACGAAGCUGAAUAUGGAAUCUUCACGUAGCCAUGCGAUUCUCAUGGUUUUUAUUCGCAGAGCUGUGCAAGAGAAUGCUGUAGAUGAGAUGAUUUCUCAAGAAAAAGCCUCUAGGGCUGAUUUACCUGGUAGAAAUAGUGUACCUAUAGUUCGAAGAAGCAAGUUGCUGAUUGUUGAUCUUGCUGGAUCUGAAAGAAUAGAUAAAUCUGGUUUGUCGUCCGAUACUGUACACCUGAAGUAGUACUUUAAGCUCUCAUUUCCCACCCCCCUUGUUUUUCCUUUAUUAAAAGAUAUUGGCAUUUUUUAAAUUA